GAUCCUGGCGCGCGGACACUGUGUGUGAGCGCAACUUUGUCGGGCCAGCGCUGCAGCGCCGCCCUGUCGCCUGGGGGUCACUGAGAGAACUGCAGCGCUGCGCUUCGCUGGUGGCACUGUGUGCGUCGGCGUCUGAGAAGUGGACGACUGUGAGGCGUGUACGCGAUGCCCGAGCCUGUGUCCCGGUCCGAGGCGAGCUGAGCCGGAGCGAGCGAGCGAGCGAGCGAGCGGACAGGACGGCUGAGGCGGAGGUGCGCCCCUCGCAGAGACAGAAAGCCAUCUUGGGGUCCUCCUCCGGCAUCUCAAAAAUCCAACACUCUCCUGGUCGCAUCAUCCCUGCUGCAUUCACCCUUCACACAGCAAGUCUCCUAUCUCUUUCUUGUGGAGUAUCUGAAGUCAACAAAUGAUGGACAGAGGGCAGCUGCCCCCUCGAGCUGACAUGGAGCAAUGACGGCAAACUCCUGGUGACACAGCAUGGAGCUGAAAGUGUGGGUAGAUGGUGUUCAGCGUAUCGUCUGCGGGGUCACUGAGGUCACCACCUGCCAGGAAGUGGUCAUUGCUCUGGCCCAGGCGAUCGGUCGCACAGGAAGAUACACACUGAUUGAGAAAUGGCGAGAGACAGAGAGGCACCUUGCCCCCCAUGAGAAUCCUAUUGUGUCGCUAAACAAAUGGGGGCAGUAUGCCAGUGAUGUGCAGCUGAUCCUGAAACGCACGGGACCCUCUCUGAGUGAGCGGCCUACCUCCGACGGAAUGGCACGUGCCCCCGAGCGUGGCCUGUAUCGCCAGAGCCUCCCACCGCUGGCCAAGCUGCGGCCCACCAUGGACCGCUCUCUCAAGCGCAAAGAGCCCAAGCGUAAAUCCCUUACCUUCACAGGUGGUGCCAAGGGAUUGAUGGACAUCUUUGGCCGGGGAAGAGAGGUGGAGUCCAAGCAGCGUGCAUUAUGCAGCACUGUCAACGGUGGUGUGACCCUUACAGGCCCACGGGCAGAGGACCUGGCCCGGCUAGUGCAACUCCAGAAGGAGAAGCUGCAGAUGCUGGAGGAGAAGCUGGAGGCCCGGGAGGUGGAGCUGCAGGACUGGGCCGAGCGGCACGCCGGCGCCAGCGGGGAUGGCAGCCUCGAGGAGGAGAUCUUACGGCUAGAGCAGCGCGUGCGCAAGAACGCUGUUGAAAUCGAGGAAGAGGAGUUCUGGGAGAAUGAGCUACAGAUUGAACAGGAGAAUGAAAAGCAGCUGCAGGAGCAGCUGCAGGAGCUGCGCAGACGCAUCCAGGAUUGCGAGGCCAAGUUAAGCGACUACGCGGGCAGGAUCCAAGACAUGGAGGCCGGCAUCGAGGCCGAGCGGCUGCAGCAGGAGAUGGAGAACACGCAGCAGGUGAAUGAAGAGGAGGUGCGAGCUAAGCUGCUGAAGGUGAAGGCUGAGCUGGACAUGCAGAGCCAGCAGAUGAGCAGGCUGGAGAGCAGCUGCAAGGCAGUGGAGAGGUCUCUCGGCCAGUCCAGCAAGAGGCUACAGGAGAAGGAGCAGGAGCUGGAGCAGCUGACCAGGGAGCUGCGACAAGUGAAUCUGCAGCAGUUCAUCCAGCAGACGGGCACCAAGGUCACCGUGCUGCCAGCUGAGCCUGGGGAGGAGGAGGCUCCAGCUCACGCAGACAUGGUCCUCCAGUCAGGCUCUCUGAAACGCCCUCCGUCCACCCGGCCACUGCCCAGCAGCCUCCAGAUCCUGCAGAGCUCGCUGUCCUCCGGCUUCAACCCUGAGGGCAUCUAUGUGUGAGCAGCAGGCGCUCCCAGCCACCAGCCUCAGACACCUGAACCCAACCACUUUGUCACGUUUCAUCAUUGUCUGCAUGAGUGGGCGGAGCUGGUUUUACACCCUCCCAUGACCUGGCCUACAGUUGGCACCUCCUCCUUACCAUGGUGUUUGACACUCCACACUGAAAAUUGCUUUGCAAUCUGGAAUGCACAGAUUCUGAAAACCAUGGAACUGAAUGGCUGUUAUUAUUUUCAGAAUUACUUUUGUUACCCUUCAUUAAAAGCCUUAGUAUGUGUUCAGUUUGUGUGCCAUGAGUACUGCUAAAGCAGAUACGUCGUUUGGUCACUCCCAAAUCACCAGGUGUGUCAAGCGCAGCCGACUCUUGGUGGAAUCAUCGUUUGCAUUGUGUAUGAAUGCCAUGAAGAGGUGGUGUGUUUUUGCUCAUGAGAAAGCAGCAGCUCCUCCAUUAGGGUAUUUUGCACUGAAAUACUCACCUGGUGGCCACAGUAUGUGUGCUUUGUGGAAAAUCCCCACAGUGAAGGUGGGAACACAGGAGAAGCCACAGUUCAUAUCCAUGUGGAGGAUAUGCGUCCAAGGUGUGUCCUUUUCACCUUGGGUGAAUCGAUUCUUCACCUGUACACCUGAAUCACUGAGGACCGACACCAUCACACUCUUACUGUAGUCAACUAGUGUCUUUUUAAACUGGAGGACUAAUAAGGCGAUUAACCUCUGAUAUUUGCUGUAGAAGCUCUCGAGUUAGUGGUUUACGAUGGAGGAGUAUAGAAAGAGCAAUGUGUUUGUACCAUGUUUGCUAUUUUUUUUUUUUGGCCGUGAUGAUGCUUUUCCACUCAUGGAUUUUCUUUUAAAUGCACAAUUUCAGCUUUGUGUGCAGCUCCAGUUUAGGAUAGUGCACUCCUGAUUUUGUGAAGGGUGAACGCCUCUUUAUUUUUACUAUUAUUUUUACUACUAAAACAUUUUGUAUGAUGUUUUUUCUUAAAUGCAUGUAGAGACAUUGAGAGCUUUCUGUUACUGUGAUAAUAAACAUCUACACAACAGGGAGAAAAAAAAAACUUGACAGUAACCAGUAAUACCAGCCUAAAAUCAAUAGAUGUAAAGCACGACAGAGACAGAGCAAGAGAACUGGUCCAGUUUCCCAUUAAAUGGAUUUUAUGAUUAGAAAAUUUUGUGAAUGAGAGACUGAACUCUGCAUGUGCUCUAUACUCAGGGGGUUGUACUUCCCAGGAAGUGAACAGUAAAUAUGGAAAAGUGGCAGAACUUGGGGAUGUUUGUCAUAUUUCUGCAGCCCUGUGCUGAUGGAUCAUCUCCAUGCUAUUCUGUUGUGAAUGUUUUAGAAGGAGCCCACAUAAGCUUUGCAGUGAACUUUGACCCCUAAACAUGGCACCAUGAUGUCUUUAAAUGUUCUGAUUGAUUGUAUUCAAACAGUUUGGACUC